CGGGAAGAUCCGAUCGUCGGGAUGUCAAGCGGCGGCGUGGCCAUGCCCGCGCCGAGCUACCUCCAGGACCUUCGCUCGCGCACGGACGCCGCCCUCCAGGUGCAGCGAAUGUGGAGCGCUGGCCGCCUGGAGCCCAUUACGGUGCACUUUGGCCCGGGCUUCCUUGGCCUUGGCUUUGGGCUUUCGACCGACGUGGCCUACUCGGCGCGCAUUCAGGACCUACCGACGCUGCCCGAUGGUACGGCAGGCGCAGCAGCGCUCUACAAUGCGUCGACGACGGAGGCGGCCAAGCGACUGGUGCCGGGACUGCUUCUGACGCACGUCAACGACGCAGACAUGUCGAACCUCGCCUAUGUGGACACUCUCGAACGCGUUCAAGCGGUGGGCCGGCCCGUAAAGCUUCGCUUCGCCGCGCCAAAGCUCCGUGCUGCCACGAGCGAGGUCGAUAUGUCCCACAGCACAAGCAAUGCAGUCACACUCCGUGCGUUUGAAGCCGUGCAGCAAGGCCAUUUUCUCGUUCUCCUCGAGCUCUGGCCGGCCGUCGACGUGCUGUCGCGUCACCCGAGCGACGCACGGUCGCUUCUGCAUGUCGCCGCACGCUACAAGAACGAUGCUGUCGUUAGUUGGCUCCUCGAGCAGCCCCACGGCGCUGACCUCGCAUGCACCCGGAACGCCCAAGGCCGCUUGCCCCUCCACGACGCCAUGUCAGGUGGCGUCCUCAGUAUCUGCGAUCGCCUCUACGCGACGCACCCGGAGGCGCUCAACGUCGGUGACGACCGAGGCGUCUCGUGCGUGCACUUGGCCGCAGGCAACGGCCACGUGCAUCUGUUUCCAUGGCUUCUCCGCCACGGCGCGCCCUUGCACAGCACGAGCGUGGACGGCAAGACAGCGCUGCACUACGCAUGCGCGCAAGGCCACCUGGAGGUGGUCAUUUUCCUCCUCAAACACGGCGGCAGCGUCAGUGCCGUCGACAUUCACCAGUGCAACUGCCUCCACUACACUGCGCUGCACGGACACCUCGACCUCGCGCAGUGGCUCGUGUUCCAGACGCCGAUCCCGCUCACGCAGCGCAACGCCAAACGACUUUUGCCCAGCGACAUGGUGCCUGCGGGCAACGACGAGCUCAAGGAGUUUCUCGAGCUCGUGAGCGCCGAGCCAUUGCCACCCCGCGGGUUUCACGCCGCCGACGCGCAGGCGACGCUGGUGCGCCUCGCGUGGUCUGUGGACGCAGUGCCCUUGGAGUUUCGGUACCCACUUCGUCCAUACCGAGCACAAGCGAACUGCGGUAGGUGCACCGAGGUGGCGACGCUCGAGCUCGAGUAUGGCCGCGCGUACAUUGGGGGGUGGGAGCCCUACCCCGUGCGCCUGGAUGCGACGGCCACGAGCUGUGUGGUGCCAGAGCUGCAGCCGAACACCGAGUACAGCUUUCGACUGCGAGUCUGGAACGAGAAUGGAUCCUCUGCAUUUGUGAAAACGACGGCGCGGACACUGCCUGCGACGUCGACGUCGUCGGCGGUCGUCCGUCUUGUCGGUGCCGAGGCCCGGCGCUUGCCGCGCACCCACGCCAGCCACCGGUUUUACAUGACGCUGUGCGUCUCGCCUGGCCAUUGUGUGCGCAGCGACCUUGGACGACUCCAGCCCGCGUUCGGCCAUGACGUCGACGCCUACCGCCACCCGCAGUGGUCGCUGUCGCUGCCUGUCGUCGUCUCCGAGCCAACGGAGCUGCGUGUUGCUGUCUACGGCGUCGCCGACGAUGGGCCGUACCUUGUGGGUCGAGCGACGACGACGGUGCAGCGAGAGAUGCCACGCAGUGUAUGGCUGCGCCUCGACAACGCCGACGCCAACGAAGGCGCCGUGGCGCUUCUCUUUGACACCACGGACGACGCCGGGGACGCGACGGACCACUACGGCUUUGUGGUACCGUCCUCCCACAUGCGGGCCUACCGGUAUGCAUCGGCGCUGGCCAACUGCACCGAGAUCUACCGGCAAACCGCGUGGGCGCGCGCGUGUCCGACCACCGCCGAUGCAGAUGGGCACAUGGCGUGGCACGACAUCUCGGUCGUCGAUGACCACGCAGCGCUCGAGGCGUUGGCGUGGGCUGGUGUGCCCCGGGAUCUGCGCCGACAUGUCUACUUUAUCGGCGGCCGCGCGGCGACCAUGCAAGCGGCGGCCGGCGCGGGUUACUACACGCAGCUUGUCGCGAUGGACAAGGCGACGAUCCGAGACUAUUACCUCAUUGCCUCGGACGUCCAGCGCACGUUUGCGGAUCAGCCGAUGAUGCAAUCCGUGCGACCCCGGCUCGAGCGACUCCUCCUCGCCUUCGUCGCACAUGCGCCGUCCUUGGGUUACUGCCAGAGUAUGAACUACCUUGGCGCGCGGCUCUUGACGCUGUACGCGAACGAGCAGGACGACGACGACGAGCGGGCGUUUUGGGUGUUUGCGUCGCUGUGCCUUGAGAAGUUUCCCACGUAUUACAAUGCCGGGCUGGACGGCCUCCACACGGACGGCGCGGUGCUGGAGCGGCUCCUGCGGUCGCGCCUCCCGCGGCUCAGCGCCCACUGCCGGUCGUUGAAGACGCCGAUGCCGCUGCUCGCGGCCCAGUGGUUCCUCCCGCUCUUUUGCCAAACGCUCCCGACCGAAACGACGUACCGACUCCUCGACGUCAUCGUGCUGCAGCGGUCGACAGCCGUUGUCUUCGCCCUCGUUUUGGCCCACCUGCGGCUCGCGGCGCCGCGGCUCCUCGCGACGCACGACUACAUGGACUUUACCGCGGAAGUCCGCCACGUCGAAGCCGGUCUCUACGACGUGGACCCGCUGCUCGAGAUGGCAGCCAAAGAGCACUUUAGCCUCGGCGACGACGCCACGUUGCUGCGCGCGAGCGAGGGGUAGGGCUUACUAAUCUUGAUAACUC